CGUGGCCGGAUGUUCUGAUGUCCACAUCCUCUGCAUCGAACCUGACUCCGGAAAUGAUUCCACAAUCUGUUGUUUCUCCUCCUGGGUUACACCAGCCAUGUACAUUUGAUUCAAGGCAAUUCAAUAUCCGCGUUUAAACCAAAAUCAGCUGCUCUUUCCGGAGUUAUCUCUUUACCGACCCCACACGUUGAAGACGCGAUACAACUCCAUCUCCUCCCAACUUCCAGGUUCCCCGCAAACUUAAAACAACGUUAAGAACGCCUGAGACGGCAUGUCGGACGACUUGACAAUCCCUUCGCUGUUCGAUGUUCAGGGCAAAGUGGUGGUCAUUACAGGCGGCGGUAUCGGCAUUGGCACGAUGAUCGCGUCUGCCUUUGUGCAGAAUGGCGCAAAGGUGUACAUUGCUGCUCGUAAAGAGGCUCAGCUGAAAUCGACUGCCGAGACGCUGAACAAGCGUGGUCCGGGAAGUUGCCACUACUUCGUUGCCGACUUGAGCACGAAAGCCGGCUGCGAAGCACUUGCCGCUUCCAUUAAAGCCAGAGAGCCCAAAAUACACGUUCUCGUGAAUAACUCGGGUACUACUUGGGGCGCGCCGUACGACAACUUUCCGGAAAUAGGUUGGGACCGUACUCUCGCGCUGAACGUCAAGAGUAUUUUCUACUUGACCGUCGCGCUGACCGACGCGCUAGAAGCGGCGGGCUCCCAAGCCGAUCCUGCACGAGUGAUCAAUAUCUCGAGUAUCGCGGGCUUGACAUCAUCGCCUUGGGAUAACCGUGUGUCUAUCGAAGGCGUUGGACUGUGGAGUUAUAACACAAGCAAAGCUGCAGUCAACCAUCUCACGACGCAGCUUGCUACGACGCUGCUGCCAAAGCACAUCACCGUAAAUGCGAUCCUGCCGGGGAUUUUCCCAUCCAACAUGACGAAGUUCGGCUUGAAAAAGCAUGGAGCAGAUAGUGUUGCAUUGCAGAAUCCCAUGGGCCGGCUGGGCACGCCGCGAGACAUGGCAGGCGUCGCGUUAUUCCUCGCGAGCCCUGCCGCUUCGUAUGUAACGGGCGCACACAUAGUGCUCGACGGAGGAGACCUUAUCUCGUUGCAAAUACCGAGGCCCUCAGAUAAGGCAGCGGCGAAGCUCUGAUGUCAGAGCCUAUGAUGGAGAGGACGUGGAUUCUUGCAUAUGUAAGUUGGUCUGCCUCGUGUGACAAGGAUUGGGUUAUCGCUCCGAUCUACAGAAUGUACAGUACGCCAUAUGAAUGCCAGGCUCUUGUGGCGCCUUACGCCUAUACAGU